GCGGGGAGCGCCAACGCGCAGGCGCAGGCCGCGAUGGCGCUGCGCACCCUCAGUCUUAACGAGGACAACAUGCUGGCCGUUGCAUCGGCCGGCGCGAUUCCGCCGCUCGUUGCGCUCGUCAAGAACGGUAACGAUGUCGGCAAGUCGCAAGCCGCUGCGGCACUGUGGAAUCUCUCACUGUCGAAUGCUGCCAAAGUGACCAUUAACGAGGAAGGCGGACCCGCGGUGCUUCUGGCCCUUUUGCGCGACGGGAGCAAAAACGCAAAGUUUGAGGCGCUCGGGGCCCUGUGUAAUCUCUCCAAGAACGAGGAAUGCAAGGUUACCAUAAACCAGGCUGGCGGAAUUCCUCCACUCGUCGCCCUGGUGCGCGACGGUCCCGACCCCGCCAGGUCGCGCGCCGCGGGAGCUCUCUGGAAUCUAGCCGUGAAUGAUGAGAACAAGGUUGUGAUCCACCAGGCCGGUGGCAUCCCUCCACUCGUUGCCCUGCUGAGCGUCAGCGGUUUCGGCACGGAGAAGGCGUUCGAGAAGGCGGCCGGGGCGCUGGCGAACCUCGCGCGGAUCUCCAACGUCGCGGUCGCUAUCGUCGAGGCCGGCGGCAUUCCUGCCCUGGUGGCCAUCGUGAGCCCGAGCAACAGCCGCGUGGCCAAUCAGUGGGCCUCGGCGGCGCUGGUGAACCUCCUCGUAUAUUUACCGAACUGCGUCACUACAAUGCUCGAGGCCGGCGCGGUUCCGCCAUCCGUCGCUCUG